AUGGCCUGCCCUGGUUGCCUGCCUCUCCUUCUGACCGGAGCCUUCUUGGCAGUCUUCCAGCCAAUCCUGACCCAUCCUGACGCACUGCUGGUCUUCCCGGGCCAAGUGGCUCAACUCGGCUGUACCAUCAAUUCCCAGCAUGCCACCAUUGGGGACUUUGGUGUGUCUUGGUAUCAGCAGCGCCCAGGCAGUGCUCCCCAUCUGCUCUACUACUGCUCAGAAGAGGAACACUAUCGGCCCGAUGACAUUCCGGACAGGUUCUCAGCUACCACGGACGUGGCCCACAAUGUCUGUGUGCUGACCAUCAGCCCCGUGCAGCCGGAGGACGAUGCGGACUACUUUUGUUCCAUUGCCUAUAACUUCGAUCCCUAG